AUGAUUGAUGGCAGUUCUGUAAUUUCAAGUGUUUGGAGUAUGGAUAAUUCAUUGCCAGAUGUUUCGGACAUAUUUUCCUUUAGCCAGUUAGAUCUCAUUGAAUCUGACUGGAGUCAAGGAAGAGAAUUUGAAAACCGUUUUGGUACAAAUGAACUUGAAUAUUCAGAGGAAUGUGAUAGGCUCUUUAAUUUUGGUUUGGACUCUCAAAGUUUGAAUGCUAAUUUAUUGGAUGCAGAAAUCGGCGUUCCAUCUAUACAGACCAAUUAUUUGUAUGAAAUUGAUUCCAAUCCUCUUAAUCUGUCACAUUUUGAAUGUGAACAUGGCUCUAUUUCUUCCCAAACUAACUUAUCAGAUUCAGUGGAUUUUGGCAUAGUUGAUGUUUGUGAUUACAGUCAAUCCAGUUCUCCAAAAUCGGAACUCAAACAUUGGAAAGAUAUAGUAAAUUGUCAUCUACAGUGGUCUCAUCUGACAUCAAAUGAACAAGCAUCUGUGAUUUGGGGACUUGCACAAUAUAUUAUUACACUGAGUCCCAGGGAAAGAGGUGAUGUUAUGAAAAUACUGAAUCCAGAUGUCAAGCUUUCUCAUAUAAAUGCAUUAAAUUUAGUUGAUUCAUGCCUUUUUACUGAUACAAAAUUUAAGUUAAUUCAAAGCUAUUUGAAAAACCACAGACCUACAUCUGUCAGCAGUAAAACCAUACAUAAAACAAGUACAAAAAAGAAAUCACAGAAGCGGAAAAUAUCAAAGAUUGAUGAUCCGAUCAUGAAGAAGGUUGAGCAAGCAGUAAAAGAAAAAGAGAGUGGUUUGUUCAAAAAAGAAAUAGUUGUAUCCUUGUCGACGCAUGAAGCAGCUGACGAAGAUAUAGAUAUUGACAUAAUUGGCUAA